GUUUGAACCGGAAGUGCUUAUGGUAGAGCUGCUGUAGUGUACUUUACUGCUGCCGACACGUGUGUAGCUGUCAAAUAAGUGUUUAUUCGUCAACAACUUUCCACAUGACUUCUCUAUGCACUGUUCCGCGUUUUCUAUGCAACAAUGGCUGACGCAUUUAGUAGCAGCUCGGAGAACGUAAUUCAGCGUGUCGUGGAUGUUACGGUGGGGGAAAGCAAUCCUGUGGAAAAACUUGAAGAGUUGUAUCAGAUUAAGGACAUUUGUGGCUUUAUCACUGAGCAUCAAUUUGAAAAGGUUGCUCUGCAGUUUCCUGAUGAGCUGCUGGUGGAUGCAGUUGCAGUAGCAUUGGAGAUUGAGAGAAACAGCAAUGCCAAGCCAUUCAUUCUGGGAGAUACAUCCUACGGCAGUUGCUGUGUGGACGAGGUAGCUGCAGAACAUGUUGGAGCCGACUGCAUUGUGCACUAUGGCAGUGCUUGCCUCAGCCCGUCUAAAAGGCUGCCAUUGAUGUAUGUGUUUGAGAGACGACCGGUGGAUCUUGAGAAAUGCACUUCUGCCUUCAGAGAACUCUACCCAGACACACACAGUCACAUCAUCAUCCUCUAUGAUGUCAACUAUGUUCAUGCUAUUGAUGACCUUGUGGCACUCCUUUCACCAGAGUAUCCAAACCUAGUCGUCUCAGAACUUGUUGUGGAAGGGGAGCAGUGUUACAGCCAUGGUCGGAUAAAGAGACUACAUGAUGACACAUGUCUAUCAGAGGGAGAUAACAACCAGCUUAUUUAUCAGUUUGGAAGGCAGUUCUCCCUGACAAGUGGUUUAAGCAUCACGGAUUACAGUAUGUUCUAUGUAGGCCAAGAAGGAGCAAUUCUGACAAACUUCAUGAUGACUUGGAAUCGCUGCUCAUUUUGUUCUUUUGACCCCAUAAAAAUGACAGGGAGGACAGAGUCAGUCAGUAUCAACCGUGCCCUAAUGAAGCGUUAUUACGCUAUAGAAAGGGCCAAAGAUGCCAAUGUUGUUGGCAUUCUAGUUGGCACAUUAGGAGUGUCUGACUACCUCCAAAUCAUCCAGCAGUUGAAGGAGGCAAUUCAUGGAGCUGGCAAGAAGAGCUAUUUGUUUGCCAUGGGGAAAUUGAACGUGCCCAAACUGGCAAACUUUCUUGAAAUUGACAUUUUCGUGUUAAUCGCGUGUCCUGAGAACUCACUGCUGGACUCAAGUGAGUUCUAUAAACCUGUGGUAACACCAUUUGAGAUGGAGGUGGCCUGCAACAGGAAGAGGGAGUGGUCAGAGGAAUAUGUCACAGACUUUCGACAUCUCCUGCCAGGUGGACAGAGUCACGUGCCUUUGGCUGAUCAGCAGGAGGAGGGCAGUGAGACUGAUGUGUCUUUAAUCACUGGAGCUCUGCGGAGUCAGAAUCUGAUGAGCAGUGAGCCUGAAGUUUCCUCGUUCGGCUCUUCAGUGGUCCUCAGGAACCAGAUGCUCACUGUGGCCAACACCAACUCAGCUGCGUCUUUUCUGGCGGAACGAAGCUGGCGUGGCUUGGAGCAGAAUUUGGGAGCGACACCUGUGGUGAAGGCAGUAGAGGGCAGGAGAGGCAUAGCUAUUGCCUAUGAAGAGGAAGGAUAACUUACCAGUAGCACACAAGACUAUUUAAUCAUGCCUGAGGCAUUUAGAUGUAUAUUGCUGAAUUGAAUUACUCAAUGUAAGAAAUAAUUAAAUGUUUUUUUCAUAAAAUGUAUAUCAGAUAUCA